UCUUGGAAUCAGGACAGCGAGAACACCACCAAAGCCGACAGUAGCAGGAUCGGAUUGACAACGGAGCGAAGCGUGCUUUGACUGUAAAGACAAGUGCAUCAGCUGAGACUACACUCUUUGUCGGGCCCAAAGCAGCCGAGACCAGGACAAGCCAGAAGCCGGCAGGAACCAACAGCAACGGCAACGACAACGGCAACACGAACCCGGCUACCGAAACAGCUGAACGCACAACAACUCGCCGGCACUGUUGGCCAACUCCUCCUCUAUCUCGCAAAGAUAGCUUACAAGCCAGAUCACACCGCAACCACAAUGGCGUCACCGCACAACUCCCCUGGAAAAGACACAUCCACACCAUUGCAGCUGGCGUUCCCCUCGGACGAUCUGUCCGUGGACCAGGACAGCGAUCCCUAUGCCGACAAGCUCGGCGGAGUACCUGUCUGGUUCGACAGCAACAUCCUGCCUGAUCCCGAGUGGGCACGGUGUGGAAUCUGUGGCGAACCCUUGCAUCUGGUGACCCAGAUUCUGGCCCAGCUGCCUAGCAAGUCAAAUCAGCACGACCGGGUGUUCUACAUCUUUGGUUGUAACAAGCGCGCCUGCUCGAUCCAGCCCCAGAGCUGGAAAGCUAUCAGAUCGAUAAAGGCCUUGAAGCCCAAACCGAAGAAGAAGAACAAAACCCCAAAGAAGCCUAAUGGGAAGCAGGGCCCGGGCAAGAAUGCGAUCCCAAUCGACUCUAUCCCCGCGGAUGGCUCGCAGCCAUCCUCGCUCACCAACCAGACUCCAAAGAAAUCCAAAUCAAACGCACACUCUGCGACACCAAAAUCGAUCCAAAAGAAGCCCAAUACCUAUUCGACGCCGUCGGGUGGGGACUCGAGGUCAAAUCGCACUCCAAUUGCAACGCCUGUGUUUGGACAGGAGGAUGAUCCGUGGGGGCCGACUGCGAUGACAUCUGAGCCAGCAUUUGGGGGCCCGCGCUCGCCCAUGCCCACAUUCGGAUCCAACCCCAUUUCCCCUUCGAAUCGAGUGCUCUCGACGCCGACAAAGAGACCCACCAAACCGUCGUCGCCGUCGAUCACGCCCUCCUCAGAAAUCUCGGAUCUACUGACCACACGGGACCAAAAGUAUGCCUGGCUGGAUGAACCAGAGGUACAAAACGCACUGCCAAAGCAGCCGGAUUUUAAUCAACCGGAUGAUGAAGAUGAAGACAACGAGAUAGCUGCCAAGGUUGUCGGAGUUGCGUCGACAAAAGACCAACCUGUUGCCACACUGACCCCAAAGAAGCCCAAGUCGCGGAAGCGAGGCAAGAAAAAAGGAGUGGAUCAGACACCAAAGCCUAGCGAGCAGCACUCCAAGGCUCCGGAGGAAACGGAUCCGGCGCCGUCUCCACACAAUCAGCUAGAGCCGCAGUCACAACCUUCUCCCGCUGCAGAGGAUGUCCCAGAAGCGCCGCUUCAUGUAGCCGAUUCAGAUGUGAAGAGCGACGGCGAAUACUCCCAGCCGGAGCCACACGGGCCCCAGCUGAGUAUCGAGGAGCUACGAGAACGGUGGCAGCAUCCACGACCGUUUCCCGCGUGCUACCUCGAGUUUGCUCACGAAUCCCAGGGCGAGCAAAAUUACGACUAUGAGAUGUUCCUGCUGGCUCAGUACCGAAAGUCGGAAGAAUGCAGCGAGCUUGAUGAUGCGCUGCUGCUGCAGAGUAUGGAGAAGGAGGGACUUUUAGACGCCUCGGAGGGGGCCGGAGGCGGUGGCGGAUGGGGCGGGGAGGCCUACGAAAAAAUGAAAGGCCCCAAGGGGUUCAACAAGGCCUUCAAAAAGUUCAUCAAGAUUGUUGCGGAGGAGCCUGAGCAAUGCAUCAGGUACGGCUUCCAAGGCGAUCCGCUCUAUUACAGCAACGAUGAGACGUGGAGCAAGCUCACCAAGGAAGGGCCGCCGCCCUGUCCCAAGUGCAAGGAGCCGCGCACCUUUGAGUUUCAGCUCAUGCCCGCGAUUCUCUCGGUACUUCCCACCGAACGGUUCGCCACGGAGCACCUGGACACUACCGUCGGGGCUGGGCCAAAGGCAAAGGACCCAAAAGCAGCGUCGAGAGCACCGGAUCGCCCGGACCUUGACGCAUUUCUGAGCCAGUAUGCGCUGGGCAUGGAAUGGGGGACGGUUUUAAUCUUUAGUUGCUCGAAAGACUGUGACGGCUUCGAUCACGCCAAAGACGACGAGUGCAGCGGCAGAGUCGCCUUCUUCGAGGAGCACAUUGUCGUUCAACGUGAAAGCAUUGAUGGGGCAGCCUGAGAAGCAAAGCAAGCUGGGAAGUUCGGGGUUUAAUCGCUGUACUUUUCUAGAGAAGCGAAGAAUGACUAAGCAACGACAUGUGUUGCCGUUUAUCCAAUUAGCGGUACAAGCCUUGUGCAUGAUGAUUGUCAAUAGGACGAAUCGUCCCUAAGAAUAGGACCGGAUAGCACGUCCAUGCGCUUGUCCGUGAUGGGCCACUGCUGCACAGGGACCGCAUUUAACGGCAGGACCGCGCAAGCAGGACGAACAG